CGGCAGUGCGCGACUUGUCCUUCCCUUCCCUCUCUGUCGCUGACUCUAUGGCACACCUUUUGCUUCUUCUCUUCCCUCUUGUUCUCGAUCACUCGUAUUCUUUUGCUUUCUUUUGGAUUUAAUUUCCCGCUCUUUCCCUUUCUUCCUUGGCUUUUGUAUUCGUUUCUGAUGGGAUCUUAAGUAGAAGAAUUAGAUAGGCGAAGGGGUCGGAGAGGAGCUGGCCUCUUGAUUUAACGUGGGGGAGUGGGCAGAGGAGAGUCAGUGAGGAGCGAGAGGGAGGAGGGCUGGAAUGGGGAGGGCCACGAAGUGGCUCCGCAGCCUAUUCGGCUGGAAGAAGGCGGAUCCCGCCAGCGACGUCGAGCCGGCCAAGGAUAAGAGGAGGUGGGGCUUCAUGAGGCCGUUCCGGGAGAAGGAGCAGCAGCAGCGGAAGGGAGAGCAGACAACGGCGGUGGUCAUGGAGGAGCGGAAGGGGUCGUACAGGGAGGUGCCGAAGCGGUUCGGGGCGGCAGACGAGGAGGAGCAGAACAAGCGCGCGAUUGCCGUAGCGGCGGCCACCGCGGCUGUGGCGGAGGCGGCCGUGGCCGCAGCUCAGGCGGCGGCAGCGGUCGUCCGGCUGACCAGCAGCGGGAGAAGCGCCGUGGGGUUCUCCCUGGCUGCCGCUGGUAAGCGGGAAGAGGGGGCGGCGAUCAAGAUCCAGGCCGUGUUCCGGGGAUACCUGGCAAGGAGGGCAUUGAAAGCACUCAAGGGGCUGGUGAAGCUGCAGGCACUGGUGAGAGGUAACAUUGUGAGGAAACAGGCCGCGGAGACGCUGCGAUGCAUGCAAGCAUUAGUGAGAGUCCAAGCUCGGGCACGGGCGUGCCGUGUGCUCCGUUCCGAAAGGAGCAAGUUCGAGAAGGCCCCCAGCGGCCAUUCUAGAGGUUCCUCGAGGCCAGCCAGUAGUGACGCAGCCCACCGGGAGCGAGCAACCUCUGCAGGAUGGAACUGGUUGGACCGCUGGAUGGAGGAACGGUAUUGGGACAGCCGAGAAUCCGUGAAGAAGGCAGGGCAUGGUGCUUCCAUGGACGAUGAUAAGAAUGCGAAGAUUCUUGAAGUAGAUCCAGGGAAGCCCCAGUUUCAUCACAAGAGGCGGAACACGCACAACCACUCCUCUUGCUCCACACUGACUUCGGACCAGAACAGCCAUAGCUUCGUCACCGUCCCCGACUCACCGUCGGUGGAAUCCACCGCCGCCCAACAUUUCGUGCCUAGCUCGUCCUCCGUCGAAAUGCAGCAAUCUGUGGGCCACCUGAGGUACCCUUUCGAGGCCGGGGAGUACGGGGAGAGCCCGCAAUUCUACUCUGCUUCGUCGCGACCGGGAAGCUCGAGGAAGGGGCCGUUCACGCCGUCGAAGAGCGACUGCUCCCGCAGCCUGUUCAGUGGCUACUCUGACUACCCAAACUACAUGGCCAACACCGAGUCUUCGAGGGCGAAGGUGCGGUCUCACAGCGCGCCGAAGCAGAGGCCGGACCGGCAGAAUCCUUUGGGGCCCUUCGCUCAGCGGUCGUCGUCUCUGCACGCCAAGUCCUCAAACAAGGCUUACCCGGGCUCCGGCCGGUUGGAUAGGUUAGGGUUGCCCAUCGGGAUUUGAUGGAAUCAACCUCGGAGAUCACUGUGUUCAUAACGUUUUGCUUCUUUUGUUUGGCAAUGACUGAAGCAGUCUCUGACAAUCUCGGACGAAGUCCCUAACCAUGUUUAUGUUCUGCUGUUCAUCUUGUAAGGUUACCUGGAGAUGUAAGUUUAGUGUAGGAUUGCCAUCAGCUCCAAAGUUUAAUGCUUCCAAGAUUUCUGCUGGUUUGCA